AGACCCCCUUUGUGUGGAGGAGGGACAGCCCUCUGGCUUCCCUUCCCCUCCUUUGUUGCCCGACAAGAGGGCGGGAAGGAAGGAAAGGAAGGCAGGCAGGAAGAAAGGAAGGAAGGCGGCCUCCUCUCCUCUCCCUCCUCCUCUUCUGAGGCGAGCCCUGCUCAUGGCGACACUGGGCACAUCCGGGCAUUUCUCCCUUCGGCGGCGAUUGCCGCUGCCGCCGCUGUUCCUGCUUGCUGCUGCUGCUGCUGCUGCUGCUGCUUCUUCCCUGAGCCGCCUCCAUUAGCGGGCCUGCCUUCCCUCCUCCGCCUUCUCCUGCCUUCGUCGGGGGGAGGGGGUCAUGUCCAACCCCGGGGCCCGGAGGAACGGGCCCGUCAAGCUGCGACUGACAGUUCUCUGCGCAAAAAAUUUGGUCAAAAAGGAUUUUUUCCGGCUUCCUGACCCAUUUGCUAAAGUGGUGGUUGACGGAUCUGGCCAGUGCCAUUCAACAGAUACUGUGAAGAAUACCCUUGAUCCAAAGUGGAAUCAGCAUUAUGACUUAUAUAUUGGGAAAUCAGACUCCAUAACAAUCAGCGUAUGGAACCACAAGAAAAUUCAUAAAAAACAGGGUGCUGGUUUUUUGGGUUGUGUGAGACUGCUUUCCAAUGCUAUCAACCGCCUUAAAGACACUGGUUAUCAGAGGUUGGAUCUGUGCAAACUUGGGCCAAAUGACAAUGAUACCGUCAGAGGACAAAUUGUAGUAAGUCUUCAAUCUAGAGACAGGAUAGGCACAGGAGGGCAAGUUGUGGACUGCAGUAGAUUAUUUGACAAUGAUUUACCUGAUGGUUGGGAAGAAAGAAGGACAGCUUCUGGAAGAAUUCAAUACUUAAAUCACAUUACACGAACAACACAGUGGGAGCGACCGACAAGGCCAGCCUCAGAGUAUUCCAGUCCUGGUCGACCCCUGAGUUGCUUUGUGGAUGAGAAUACGCCUGUCACGGGAAUCAAUGGUGCAACAUGUGGACAGACAUCUGAUCCAAGGCUAGCAGAGAGAAGAGUGAGAUCUCAGAGGCACAGGAACUACAUGAGCAGGACCCAUCUACAUACGCCUCCAGAUUUACCUGAAGGAUAUGAGCAAAGGACAACUCAGCAAGGACAGGUGUAUUUCCUACAUACUCAGACUGGUGUAAGCACAUGGCAUGACCCCCGUGUACCUCGGGAUCUUAGCAACAUCAAUUGCGAAGAGCUUGGUCCUUUGCCUCCUGGAUGGGAGAUCCGCAAUACAGCAACCGGCAGAGUUUAUUUUGUUGACCAUAACAACAGAACAACGCAGUUUACGGAUCCACGGCUAUCAGCUAACUUGCACCUGGUUCUAAACCGUCAGAACCAACUUAAAGACCAACAGCAGCACCAGCAGCAGCAACAGGUAGUUUCAUUGUGCCAGCUUCCUGAUGAAGCCGAAUGCCUAACGGUGCCAAGGUACAAGCGGGACUUAGUGCAAAAGCUUAAGAUUCUGAGGCAAGAGCUGUCUCAGCAGCAGCCCCAAGCUGGACACUGUCGCAUAGAAGUCUCCAGAGAAGAAAUCUUUGAGGAGUCUUACAGGCAAGUCAUGAAGAUGAGGCCUAAAGACCUAUGGAAGAGAUUAAUGAUAAAAUUUCGUGGGGAAGAAGGCCUCGAUUAUGGAGGAGUUGCCAGAGAAUGGCUCUAUUUGCUUUCCCAUGAAAUGCUGAAUCCCUAUUAUGGCCUCUUCCAAUAUUCGCGUGAUGACAUCUAUACGCUACAGAUAAAUCCAGAUUCUGCUGUUAACCCGGAACACUUGUCCUACUUCCACUUUGUGGGGCGGAUCAUGGGGAUGGCUGUGUUUCAUGGACAUUACAUUGACGGGGGCUUCACGUUGCCUUUUUAUAAGCAGUUGCUGGGAAAGCCAAUUACACUGGAUGACAUGGAAUUAGUCGACCCAGAUCUUCACAACAGCUUAGUAUGGAUACUUGAGAACGAUAUUACAGGAGUCUUGGACCAUACGUUUUGUGUAGAACAUAAUGCUUAUGGUGAAAUUAUACAACAUGAACUUAAACCGAAUGGCAAAAGCAUUCCAGUCACAGAGGAGAAUAAAAAGGAAUACGUCAGGCUUUAUGUAAACUGGCGAUUUUUACGAGGGAUUGAAGCUCAAUUUCUGGCUCUGCAGAAGGGAUUUAAUGAAGUAAUCCCACAACAUCUACUGAAGACGUUUGAUGAGAAAGAGCUAGAGCUCAUCAUUUGUGGCCUUGGGAAGAUAGAUGUAAAUGACUGGAAGGCCAACACGAGGCUAAAGCACUGCACGCCGGAUAGCAAUAUUGUGAAGUGGUUCUGGAAAGCCGUGGAGCUCUUUGACGAAGAGAGGAGAGCCCGACUGCUGCAAUUUGUGACUGGGUCAUCCAGAGUGCCUCUGCAGGGCUUCAAGGCAUUGCAAGGUGCCGCUGGCCCAAGAUUAUUUACAAUUCAUCAGAUUGAUGCUAGCACAAAUAACUUGCCAAAAGCCCAUACUUGCUUCAAUCGAAUAGACAUUCCUCCUUAUGAAAGCUACGAGAAGCUCUAUGAAAAGCUGCUAACCGCCAUUGAAGAAACUUGUGGGUUUGCUGUGGAGUGAACAUUUGCAAACUUACUUGGGAUUGUAUUUAUACUCCGCCAAGCAGAAAACCCUCCCUACAGCCAUGACACAGUCGAUGCUUGAAAUAUAGGAAACUUUCUCCUCCCCCUCCUCCCUUUUUUCUACUUUAGGACAGUAUGAGGGAAAAGGACAAUUUUUGGAAUUUGUCGUUCAACAAAAUGUCCUGUGGCUCCUGCCAAGGAAUCAUUCAGCUGCUAUUUAAAAAAAAACUCGUAUCUUGAACGGAACAGAAUGCUGACUUCUUCUUCAUUUCAACAGUUAAGCAGUAUUCUUCUCUUUGAAAGACGACUACUAUUUUUGUAAAAAAAGGAAAGAAAAAAAGAAGUGAUCUGAUCCAUUUGCCUACCUGAUUACUAUUCUUCCAGGUCCAAGAUACAGACGGUACAAGUCUCAUUCCAGCCUAUUUACACAAGUAUGUGAUGCUGAACAGCGCCUAUAACCUGCUAUUUUUUUAAAUAAAAUAUUUUGAUUACUCUAA